UUUCAGGCUGCCGCUCCAUUGUUAGCACUUUCUUCUCUCUCUCCGCGUCCUCUGAGGUACGCAGUGCUUGGAGCUGGUUUUGCUGGGCUUUCGGUUACUUGGCAUCUCUUGAAGGCCUCCAUUCAAUGUCCUAUUGAAUCUUCGUAGCCCUUCAAAUUUGAUUUGGCGUCUACAUGCUUUAUCUAGAGGCAGUGAGCCCAAAAACCAAAAAAUGGGAUCUCACGUAAUCAAAAUUUUAUUUUUUGGAAAAAGAAACAUUUGAUUGAUAGCAUGAAAUAAUGGGCAGAGCCCAACACACCCAAAGGCCAAAGCUGUGUCCUAAGGAUGUACCUAUACGUAUUGACAUAUAUGACGAAGCUGGCAUUGGUGGAGGGGCAUCUGGAGUCGCUGGAGGGCUUCUUCAUCCUUAUUCUCCAAAAGUUAAACUUCUCUGGAAAGGUGCUGAGUGUUGGGCUGAGUGCUUAAAGCUUUUGAGCGUUGCAGAAUCAGCACUUCACCCCAAAGAGUUGGAUAGUGAGAUGGAUGAAUGCCAGAAUAUGAAUGAACUCAUUGUUCUGAGACGGGGUAUCUUGAGGCCUGCAAUUAGCUCGAAGAAUUUGGUGGUGUUAAAAGAAAAUGCUCAGAAUGGACUCGAUAGCUGCAGGAUCGAAACAAUUGAUGAAGAUGCUGCCCGAAAUCUUGUUCCUGAGCUUUAUGUUCCUCUAAAUACAGCUUUUUACAUGCCUCAGGCAGUAAAUAUCAAUUCUCAACGUUAUCUUGAGGCGCUAUUUAUAGCAUGUGAAAAUCUGACCAAGGAAACAUCCACCUCAGGUUUUGGUCAUAAGGAGUUGUAUUUGCAGAAAAAAUCUAUUGACAAACUGCAUGGACUAGAAGGGACAUACGAUGCUGUGAUUGUUUGUCUAGGUGCCAAAAUGGUCAUGCUUCCUGAACUUGCUGGAAAGCUUCCUUUAAGAACUUGCAGAGGUGUGGUUGCUCAUUUUCAGCUACACGAUGAUAUCAGCAAUGCAUACCCAGGGCUUGGGCCUUCUAUAUUGUCAGAUGCAUGGCUAGCUAUUCGAGGUCCAAGAAGUUUAUAUAUGGGUUCAACAUGGGAAUGGAAAUCAACAAAUUCGUCACCUGAAGUUUCAGAAGAGGAAAGUUCAAGAGCGGUUGCAGAACUUUUACCAAAGGUGUCUGCCAUUUAUCCAUCAAUAAAGGAGUGGAGUUUCAUAAGAGCAAGGGGUGGUCUCAGGGCAAUGCCACCACUCACUCCUCAUGGAUCUCUUCCUCUUAUGGGUUGUAUAGAUGAAAUUGUAAGACACAACAGCUCUUGCAAGUACUGGGUAUUUGGAGGGCUUGGUUCAAGGGGAUUAUUGUACCAUGGUUGGCUUGGGAAAUUAACAGCGCAGGCUGUGCUUUCAUGCAAUGAUGAACUAAUUCCAUCUGAACUAACCUCUUGGAAGAAAAUAAUGAACAGUUAAUCCAUUCUCUUUCCCCAUUCAUUCUCACCUUCAUUAUUUUAAGACAGAGAGCUUUGUCUUGCAGCCGUCAAUAUCACUAAUAGAUUGCAAAUUUGCAA